AUGUCUGGACAAGGAGUUUCUCACCAGGGCAUCACCGCCCCCGGUCUCAGCGAGGCGGACCAGAAUAUCAACAACACCACCGAGGAUAUCAGCAACAAGGCUUCGGGACACAAGGCCAACUUGAGCAACCCCAACACUAGCGAGGAGUCCAAGAAGAAGUCUGCUGAGGCACUCAAGGCACUUGGUGGUGAGGACGCUUUCUAUGGAAAGCAGGCCGAGUACCUCAAAGCCGUCAUGUACGAAGGCGUCACCAUCCUCGAAGGCACAGCCACCUGGUGCAAGAACUGCCACAUCGUCGCCCCUGAAGUCGCAAAGAUGGUGGCUGAGUACCCGAAUGUCAAGUUUUACACGUAUGAUGUGGAGGAGUGUGAGGAUAUUGCGCAGGAGCUGGGGGUUAGGAGUAUGCCGUCGUUUAGUGUGUUUAAGGAUGGGGAUAUUAUGGAGGGGGUUACGGGGGCGAAGCCGAAGGAGGUUAGGAGGGCUAUUGAGGGGUGUUUGUAG